AUGGCUUCCAACUCCAUCAAAGAUUCCAGUGCGGUCUCCAGCACAGCAAUCCUCCAAAACCCCUACAUCCGCGCCGCCCUUCCCUUCAUCAACGGCGGCCUCUCUGGCAUGACUGCCACGGCCGUAAUCCAACCAGUCGAUAUGGUAAAAGUCCGACUCCAACUAGCCGGCGAAGGAGCAAAGACAGGACCCCGCCCCUCCGCCUUCGGAAUCACCCGCGACAUAAUCGCAACCGGCAAAGUCCUCGACCUCUACACAGGCCUUUCAGCCGGUCUCCUCCGCCAAGCAGUCUACACAACCGCUCGCCUCGGCCUCUUCGACACAUUCAUGCAAACUCUCAACGCAAAAGCAGACUCCGCAAACACAAAAGUCACCUUUGCCGAACGCGCCGCCGCAGGCCUCUCAGCCGGCGGUAUCGCCGCCAUGAUAGGAAACCCCGCCGACCUCGCCCUCGUGCGGAUGCAAUCCGAUGGACUGAAGCCCGUCGCUGCACGGGCCAACUACCGUUCCGUCUUUGAUGCGCUGGCUCGCAUCCCGAAGAGUGAGGGCAUAGGCGCGCUGUGGGCUGGUGCCCUUCCUACGGUUAUCCGUGCGAUGGCGCUGAACAUGGGCCAGUUGACUUUCUUUGCGGAGUCCAAGGCUCAGCUUAAGCAGCAUACGAAUUUGUCGGCGCAGAACCAGACGUUCGCUGCUUCUGCGAUCGCGGGUUUCUUUGCUAGUUUCCUUUCUUUGCCGUUUGACUUUAUCAAGACGAGAUUGCAGAAGCAGCAGAAGGAUCCGAAGACGGGACAGGUUCCUUACCGGGGCGUUAUGGAUUGCGCACGUAAGGUUAUUGCUGAGGAGGGCUGGAUGAGAUUCUAUCGUGGCUUUGGUACUUAUUACGUUCGGAUCGCUCCUCAUGCUAUGGUGACCCUCAUCGUGGCCGAUUACCUCAACUUGAUUACCAAAUAG